AUGUCGCAAACGCAAACAGAAGCACAGUUUAAUUUUCCAAGGGAAGAAGAAAAAAUUCUUAAUUUUUGGAAAGAAAUAGAUGCAUUCAGAACACAAAUUAAAUUAUCAGAAGGAAACCCACCCUUUUCCUUUUAUGAUGGACCUCCUUUUGCUACCGGUCUACCACAUUAUGGUCAUUUACUAGCAGGUACCAUUAAGGAUAUUGUGACUCGUUAUGCAACUCAAACAGGAUAUUAUGUUGAACGUAGGUUUGGUUGGGAUUGUCAUGGUCUUCCAAUUGAAUAUGAAAUUGAUAAAAAAUUAAAUAUCAAGAGUAAAGAUGACGUGUUGGCAAUGGGAAUUGAUAAAUAUAAUGAAGAAUGUCGUAGUAUAGUUAUGAGAUAUUCAGGAGCUUGGCAAACAACUGUUGAAAGAAUUGGUCGUUGGAUUGAUUUUGAUAAUGACUAUAAGACUUUAAAUACUAACUUUAUGGAAAGUGUCUGGUGGGUUUUUAAACAACUAUAUGAUAGAGACCAAGUAUAUCGUGGAGUGAAAAUUAUGCCAUAUUCCACAGGCUGUACCACGCCACUUUCAAAUUUUGAAGCUGCUCAAAAUUAUAAAGAUGUUAAUGAUCCUUCUAUUGUUGUUUCAUUUCCUUUACUUGAUGAUCCUAAUACCAGUUUACUAGCAUGGACAACUACUCCAUGGACUUUACCUAGUAACUUGGCUUUGUGUACAAAUCCUGAUUUUGAAUAUAUAAAAAUAAAAGAUGAGGGAUCUGGUCACAUAUAUAUAUUACUGGAAAAAUGUUUAAAUAUUUUGUAUAAAGAUGUGAAAAAAGCAAAAUAUGAAGUUUUAGGCAAAUUUUUAGGAAAGGAUAUGAAAGGUUGGGAAUACAAACCAUUAUUUGAUUAUUACGUUUCUAAAUUCAAGGGCAAAGGAUAUAUAGUGGUUAAUGACAAUUAUGUUACUGAUGAUAGUGGUACUGGUAUUGUUCAUCAAUCACCAGCUUUUGGUGAAGAUGAUUAUCGUAUAUGUCUUGCAAAUAAUAUUAUUAUUGAGGAUGGAUUUCUCCCAUGUCCAGUUGAUGAGCAAGGGUUAUUUACAGAUGAAGUAAAAGAAUUUUCUGGAAUAUAUGUAAAGAUUGGUAAUCUUUAUACGCCUUCACAUACUUGUAGUUCAGAUACACCUUUAAUUUAUAAAGCAGUUCCCUCCUGGUUUGUGCGUGUAAAACCAAUUAUUGACAAAUUAUUAAAAAAUAAUCAAGAAAAAAAAAGAUUUGCUAACUGGAUUGUCAAUGCACGUGAUUGGAAUGUUUCACGUAAUCGGUAUUGGGGUACUCCUAUUCCACUUUGGGUCAGUGAAGAUUAUGAAGAGAUUGUAUGUGUUGGUUCAUUAAAAGAGUUACAAGAAUUGUCAGGAUGUGAUGAAUUGACAGAUAUCCAUCGUGAUAAAAUUGAUCAUAUUACAAUUCCUUCAAAGAAAGGUAAAGGUGUUUUAAGAAGAACUGAGGAAGUAUUUGACUGUUGGUUUGAAUCUGGAAGUAUGCCUUAUGCUCAAUGUCAUUAUCCGUUUGAAAACAAGGAAAAAUUUGAAGCAUCUUUUCCUGCAGAUUUUAUUGCUGAAGGUCUUGAUCAGACUCGUGGUUGGUUUUACACAUUAAUGGUUUUAUCAACUCAUUUAUUUGAUAAACCUGCAUUCAAAAAUUUGAUAGUUAAUGGAUUGGUAUUAGCAGUUGAUGGUAAGAAGAUGAGCAAACGUUUACAAAAUUAUCCAGAACCAACUGUUAUUAUUAACUCAUAUGGUGCAGAUGCACUUAGGUUAUAUCUCAUCAAUUCACCAGUUGUUCGAGCAGAACCUUUGAAAUUUAAAGAAGAUGGUAUUAAAGAAGUUAUAUCCAAAGUAUUUUUACCUUGGUAUAAUGCUUAUAGAUUUUUCACAUCACAAGUAGUUUUAUUGAAAAGAGAUACAAAUGGGGAUUUUAAAUAUAAUCCAAAUUUAAAAAAAUCAGUCAAUGUUAUGGAUAGAUGGAUAUUAGCAAGCUCACAAAGUCUUAUUAAAUAUGUUCGUGAAGAGAUGAAAGCAUAUCGAUUGUAUACAGUGGUACCAAAAUUGUUAAAUCUUAUUGAACAAUUAACCAACUGGUAUGUCAGAUUUAAUCGUAAACGUCUAAAGGGUGAAAUUAGCCCUGAAGAUACUAUUGAUGCAUUAAAUACACUUUUUGAAGUUUUGUUCACAUUAUGUAAAGCUAUGGCAUCAUUUACACCUUUCCUUACUGAAUAUAUGUAUCAAAAUUUGAAGAUAUUCCUUCCUGAAACUGACUUGAAUAAUGAUAAUAGAUCCAUUCAUUUCUUAACUUUUCCAGAGGUUAGAAAUGAAUAUUUUGAUUCAGAAAUUGAACGAAGCAUGUCUCGAAUGCAAACAGUUAUUGAAUUGGGUAGAAUCAUUCGUGAGAAAAAGAAUAUAAGUCUAAAGGUAGAAGCAGAUUGGAAGGUUUUAGGUGCAAAACUUAGGAAAGAUGUAGUGAAAGUCAAAAAUGCAUUGCCAAAAGUUACUUCAGAACAAGUAAAAGAAUUUGCAAGAACCAAAGAGAUUGUGGUAGAUGGUAUAAAAUUGGUUGAUGAAGAUCUUCAAGUGAUCAGAUACUUUGAAGAUUCUAAUAGUCAUUAUGAAACAAAUACUGACAAAGAUGUACUUAUUCUUCUUGAUACUAAAGUAUAUCAAGAUUUACAAGAGGAAGGAUUGGCACGUGAAAUUGUGAAUCGUGUACAAAGGUUAAGAAAAAAGGCUGGUUUACAACCCAUUGAUCCAGUGUUGAUGUAUUACAAAUUCAUAACUGAUACUGAUAAUUUAUUAGAAAAUAUUAUCAAGAAAGAAACUGAUUACAUUAGAAAGAUCUUAAAACGACCAUUAUUAUCAAUAACUGAAAAAGUAGAUGAUGCAAAAAUUAUUAUUGAAGAAGAACAAGAGGUAAAUAAUUCCAAGUUUAUACUAUGUUUUGUUAAAGAUUGGUGA